AAAUAUUCAUAAUACAUUAUACUCCCUAAUUCUCAUGGCAUUUGGUUCAUAUCUGCUCUUAAAAUAUAUAUGUGAGUGUCCCACUUUUUUGCCAUACCUAUAAUUUAUUCUAUACACAUUGCAUAGUUAAUACAUUUAUGCACCCACUAUACAGUUUAUUCUGAACUCUUUUUAUUCUGACAGUGAUGGACUUGAUGAUGUUUGUUCUGCUUGGCCUGAUCCUUGCAACAUGUACUUCUGCAGUCCCAAGAAAUCAUCGAAAUGAGAAUUUAGUCCUUUAUGAAAAUCCUCCACCAAAAUGCUGUACACCGUAUCAAUGGCAUGCCAAUAUCACCCAGGUUCAAGUAUUCGAAUUCAGGCAUCGCCAUCCCACAGAGCAGAAAACAAUCAUAGGAGGUCAUAUGUGGUUUGAUGGGAAAGAUGAAAAAACUGCCCUCCGCAUUAACGUCUUAAAUGGAGGUCCUCAAGUAAUUACCAUCAUCCAAGAUUUCAAGGCUAACAAACGUUAUGGAAUAAACAAUGAAAAAAAGACCUGUAAUGUUAUGCCAACGGUCUACCCUAAACCAGAACGCUGUAUUCCGGAUGAUGCUGAAUUUCUGGGAGAAGAAAUACUUGGUAAGAGCUUAAAGGUGAACUCGUGGAAAGCUUCAUUUAAAGGUAAAACAUACCAAGUGGGGAAACUUUUCACAAUGACAGAUACCUGUAUUCCAGUAACAAGCAUUAUGGCUGGUGAACUCAGUUCUUCUCAAUUGGAAUGUGGCAUAUUAAUGACAACAACAACAUCCAACUUCAUAGAGGGAAUCAAAGAUUUCAGCAUAUUUGACAUACCCGAUUACUGCAAUAAGUAACUGUACAUGUAAAUCCAUCCUGAAUCGCAUUUGCUACACUGAUAAGAUCUAAGCAUUCUCAAAUGGAUCAUCUAGAGAUGUUUGAAUGUGAUAUUAGCUUAUAUUAGUUCACUG